AUGUCGGACGCCAAGGAGGACCUGAAUGCUACGGAUGUCGAGUUGGACAACCCGAACCGUAAAGUGGUCAAGACCAAAUGGUAUCGAUCAACCAUAUACAAUGCCGUCAUUUUGGGAGUAUGCAAUCUGCUGGCACCGGGCAUAUGGGGCGCCAUGAACUCGCUCGGCGCAGGAGGGGCGCAGAAGCCGUAUCUGGUCAACACAGCCAAUGCCCUGACUUUCUGUCUCAUGGUCGUCACAUGCAUCUUCUCUAGCGUCGUGGUGAAACGGAUUGGAAUCAAAUGGACCCUCAUUGCCGGCACACUAGGCUACGCACCGUACGCAGCGGGUCUCUACACGAACAACCGGUUCGGCACCGAGUGGUUCGUCCUCUUCGGAGCCGCUCUCUGCGGUCUGUCGGCAGGUAUUUUCUGGAUGUCCGAGGCAGCAAUUGCCCUAUCGUACCCCGAGCCUUACAACCAAGGACGGUUCCUGGGUCUCUGGCUGAGCUUUCGGCUGGGUGGACAAAUCCUUGGAGGAGCCAUCAACUUGGGAAUCAAUGCCAACAGAAACGAAGCCGGCUCAGUGUCAUACGCGGUGUAUCUGGUUUUCAUCGCACUGCAGGCCCUCGGCCCGUUUGCCGGGCUGCUCCUGAACAAGCCGUCGCAGGUGCAGAGGAAGGAUGGCGUGCCAGUGAAGCUAAAGAUCACAGCUGGCACCACAGCAGAGCUCAAAGACACGGCAAAGCUCUUCUUUAGCAAGAACUUCUUGCUGAUUGUGCCACUGAUCGCGCAGGCCGUCUACUCGGAAGCCGUCGUCUUCACGUUCCAGUCCUUGUGGUUCACGGUGCGGGCGCGAGCAUUGGGGUCGUUCCUGUCGGGCAUUGUCGCCAUGGCAGCGGGCAACGUGCUGGGAGCAUUCCUCGACCACACCAAACUCAAGCUGCACACGCGGGCGCGGUGGGCCUUCUUCACCGUCUUCGGGCUGCAAGGAGCAUGGUGGGUUUGGGCAACAGUGCUGGUGACCGAGUUCCACAAGGCGCAACCCACAUACGACUGGGUGGACGCGGGCUUCGGCAGAGGGUUCGCUCUGUUCCUGUUCAUGAUCAUCGGCUUCCAGAUCCAGUACAUGUACCUAUACUUUGUGGUGGGCAACCUGGCGGAUAACGAGCCUGAAGUCGUGCGGAUUGCUGGUCUGCUCAGGGCGACAGAAUCCGCGGCGCAGGCAGUCAGCUACGGGCUGAACAGCAUCCCAAUCAUGGCCGAGGUAGGAGGAGUGUAUCUGAACUUUGGGCUUUGGGCAGUCGCGUUGUUGCCGGGAUGGCUUGUGGUUCGCCAGAUUGGGUACGGCUUGGGAGACAAGAAGGUGCAUCGUGAGGCCGACCUGGUGCAGGAAGCGAGAAACGAGGCGCCGGGAACCGAAAGCCAGUCGAAAUGA